AUGACCAAGAGUAAUAAUCGUAUUGUUUUGAAUGUUGGUGGUGUUAAGUAUGAAACAUUCAAAAGUACACUUACAGCCUAUCCAAAUACAUUACUUGGAACAAUGUUUCAAGAUAGAAAUAGAGAAUUACAGCAAGCAACUAAUAAUAAUGAAUACUUUUUCGAUCGAAAUGGCCGAGCUUUUCAUUAUAUAAUGGAAUUCUAUCGAAAUGGUGUACUUUAUUGGCCUGAUAUUUAUUCACCAAGCGGCGUUUCACACAAAGAAAUUGAACGAGAGUUAGAUUUCUUUCAAAUUCCAAUCACACCUCAAACCAUUGAGGUCAAAGAGUUUAGCGUUGAUGAUGCCGCAAAAUCACUGGACGAAUUUACGGAAAUGUUUGUUGCUGUUAUCAAGGAAAUGGAACGACAUUUUAGACGUCGAAUCACCAUUUUGUUCCCGGUUUUUAACUUUUCGUUAUUUUCUGUAACGCCUGAUUUGAAUUCCGUGACACCAAUUAUAAAACCUUAUCGGCAAAUUGGAUCACCGAUUUCUGAGCAUUUUGGUGAAAUGAUUGGAAAACAUUUGAUGAUAAUUCGGCCCGGUCUCACUUAUAAAGUUACGUCGACCACUGUCAGUGACGAGUAUGUUUACAAGUGGGAAUUGAGAAUUCCGUUGGCGUUUGAUGUUAAAAAGGUCAUUGAGAAAUCAUCGUUAUCUUCAAUUUCUAAUCAAAGAUGA